AUCUUACAACGGUAGCUGCAUUGCAUGCUUGAUCACUCGCCUCGCUCGUUGCAUCUUAGAUAAUUUAAUUUUGAUAAUGGAUUCAAGAUAUAUCACCCUAUGCAUCUUUCUUGUACUUGUCUUACAUGGAGAUACAACUUUGGCAGAAACCUGCAAGCAGUUUCCUAAAUGGAGUCCACUCUGCUUUAGUGCAAUUUGCAAGGCAAGUUGUUUUAUAGAGGGAAAGUUCUCCGAUGGUUACUAUGUAAAGGGGCAUAGAUGUUGUUCAACUGGAUAUGAAUACGUGUGUAAUUGUCUUUUGUGUAAAAAUUAGUUAUCUAGUGACAUGUGGGACUAUCUCCUUUUGUUCCUAUCUGUCAUCUAGGAGUGCUGUCUAAAUAAUUAUUCGGUAAAAUAGUUAACUAGUAUGUUUACUAUUUAGAGUUAUGUAGCACUAGUUAAGUAGUCCUUAUUUCGUCAAUUUCUUAUAUCUAGAAACAUGGUUUUACUUGCCAAGCAUUUCAAUAAUAUAUGUUUGUUUUCCAUUAUUAUAAAUGUGAAGACUCGUUGUUAGCUUUUCA